GUAGAACGACAUCGAAAAUGUAUUUUCCAACAUUUUUUCUUUUAACUUUUAUUAUAGGCGGAAUAAAUUCGUUAACGAUUUUUAAUAACGUCUCUGUGCCAAGUGAUGUCCUUAGUCAAGUAUUUCUGAAAGAAAUCCAACAAAAUCCGAAUAAAUUGUAUGAGUCUGGUGUUGCCAAUUAUGGACAGUAUGAUUCCCAAAAGUGUUUGUUUAGUUUACGUGAAAUUAUUAAACGUUAUCCUAGUCAAGAAGUUGCUCCUUUUUUCGAUGCAUGGGGUAACAUUCCAGCAGGUAUUUCAUCAGGAAAUGAAUAUGAUCUAGGCAACUAUGACCAAUGUGUCAAAUUGUCUUUAAAUUUCAAUGAACUCGCUGUUAUUUUAAAGCAACAAUAUUGCUUUGCUAAAAUACCUAUCAAAAACGACCAUCCACCAAAAAUUGAUGUGCCUUAUUGGAAUUGGGGUAAUGCAAUCAAUGUUGGAAUCUGCAUUCCUAAUACUUGUAGUCCGGAAUUAGUAACAAAAAUAUUCAAUGAAUCAACUAAAAACAGUUUUGAUGGGGCUCUUUCGAAUAUUACUGUUGGACAUUGCUCAAAUGGAGAAAUACCACCACUUUCAGGAUAUAUCAUUGCUGGAAUAUCCAUAUUGGUGAUACUGACAGUUUUGAUGAUUUUAAGUUCAGCCUAUGAACUCUAUGCUAGCUACUAUCAAAAAAAACCAAACACACUUUUACUAGCCUUUUCCAUUUUGACAAACGGAAAAAGACUAUUUGCAAUCAGCACCAAAAAAUCCCGCAACAGUAUUGACUGUCUCAUUGGAAUUCGUGUUUUAUCAACAAUUUGGAUUAUAAACCAUCACUCCUACACAAACAUGUUUGGAAGUCCAAUAAUCAAUAACUUGGACGUAGCAGAUUGGUUCUACAGUUGGAUUUUCAUGCCAUUUUACAAUGGAAGCAUAUCAGUGGAUACGUUCUUUUUCAUGGGUGGUUUAUUGGUAGCUUGGAUUGGUUUCAAGGAAUUGGAUAAAACAAAUGGAAAAAUUAAUCCUAUAAUGAACAUUGUGCAUCGUUAUUUUCGAUUGACUCCAAUUCUAUUAGCUGGACUUGUGCUAACUUUUAGUGUCAACAAAAUAACUUACACUGGACCAAUGAAGGAUGUAUAUAUGGCUAAGAAUACAUGCAAUGGUUAUAAUUGGUGGCCAGUUUUGUUGUAUAUUCAAAAUUAUUAUAAUAAACAAGGUGCAGAUUGUUAUACUGAAGCUUGGUAUUUAGCCAUUGACUUUCAACUUUAUGCCCUAUCCCCGCUCAUUUUGAUUCCAAUGUGGAAGUGGGGUAAAAAAUUCGCACCAGUUUUACUAGUUUUGGGACUGAUAUCGGUUGGAUGGAAUAUGGGAGUAUUUUUUUCGGAACAGUAUACAGGACUCUUUUUAGGAUUUAAUACCGGUCAAUGGGAUAAUACUUAUGUACCAACUCACACUAGAUAUGCACCUUGGUUAAUUGGUUUUGCUUUAGGAUAUUUCAUGCACAAACAUCGUCAAUCAGAAUUCAAAUUGUCAAAAACUGUUCAAAUAAUUGGAUGGAUUGGUAGUUUCUUCACAAUGACAGCCAUUGUUUUCGGCCCGGUUUUCACAGUACAAGCCAAUAAUGAUGGCAGGGGUACUGUUUUUGAAGCUGCUAUGUAUGAGAGUUUAAAACAUGUCUCGUGGGCAUUGGCACAAGUUUGGAUAACAUUUGCUUGUCAUUAUGGUUAUGGUGGAUUUGUUGAUACACUUUUAUCACAUCCAUUUUGGCAGCCAUUGGGACGUCUUUCAUUUGCAUUGUAUAUGAUGCAUAUGAAUGUAAUGCUAAUGAAUUUUGGAAUGACACACACGGAAAUAUAUUUUUCUGUCUAUAAUCAGUUUCUUGUAUUUUGUGGCACAUUUGGAGUAACACUAUUUAUUGCCAUUUAUGUUACAUUAGCUUUUGAGUCACCAAUUUUAAUCAUGGAGAAACUUAUUUUUAAUCGAGAAAAGUCUGUGCCAAAAGAGACUGUAUUGCAAGCAACAACGCCUUCAAGUAUUGUUGUGGAGACAAAGGAUCAUUAAAUUAACUUAAAAACUGAAAAUAAAAAUAAUAAUGUGAUAAAAUAAUACUCUAGAUUUUAUAAGGAUAACGAAAGUUACAGACUCUUCUUAACAAAAAUGUAAACUUAGACA